GUUAAGAGGGGUAAGGCUGGUUAGACUGUCUGCCCGCCCACGCCGUCUGUUUCUUGCUGCGAUCGUUCUUGCUUCGCGAGCACGUGGAACAUGCCUCAAUUGAUUUUAUUUUUACGUCAUGACAAUGGCUACGUGUCGCCCUCUUCUUCGAGAAAAGCAGUUUGAAUCUUUAUGUUCCUGUGAAUGUUCCGGCAAUGUCGGAAAAACUGAGGAAAGGACACAAGGCUUGAUUCGCGGCUGUGUGAUGCGGCAGCUCGGCGAGCAACACAAGGGCGACAUUUUUUUCCGUUUCCCAGCGGACGAGAGCCUCACCACAUGGAACGGCGGAAAGACUGAAUACGCGCUGUCUGUACGCAGAAGCAUACCAUACUACAGCGGCUCUUUCGCUGCUUCCGGCGAAUUUCAGCGAACAAAUUUCGUAGUGAACGGGAUACACAGAAGCUCCGAAUUCUCAGUUUUUGAAGAAGUGUACGACAGCACUGAGAAGAGAGCGGCCUUUAGAGUGGUGAAGAAUGGGGACGUCAUGACCUACAUUCAAGACUUUCGCACUAAGCGCAACUACCUGAUACGCACUUACGAGGGAAUCACAACGUGUGUGGACGCCCCCGAGGCGAAUUUCACGCGGAGGGAGUUCCUGACUCUUGUAUCGGCGCCGGACGAAAGGACCUACUUUUUUCUCCGAGAUCUCCUUGUGCUGAAGUCUUACGCGAAAGUGCAGACCCGGGUAGACGACCUUGUGCGCGGUCAGUUUUGUCGCAUACGCGGAUUGCACACAACCGACCACAAGAUCAGAGGCACCGUGACGUGGACUCUGAACAAUACGACUAUGCGCGAUCUGAAGAGACCUCCUGCAAGAAUAACAGGUUUAUCAGAUGCGAUGAAGCUUCCAAGAAAUUCGACGUUAGAGGUACCUUUGCAAGGGCAUUUUAUUUUUCAUGGUGACUGGUUCGGCGAUGAGAGCAUAACCAUGAAUAUUCUGAACUUUGACUUCAUUGGGACGACCUUUCGGAACGAUCUCCUUGAGAUCCCCGACGGAGUGCGAUGCGAGGCCAACAGGAAGAGCGGCCUUUCGCAUCCCGUGUAUUACAACAUGCGAGUGUUCAGCUACAGCGCCAGGGUCAAGAGUUCGACCUCGAAGCACCUUCACAUUAUAAACGGUUUUAUAGACGUUAAUCGGAACUUGCACAGAUUGGACUACAAGUCUUGGAACAGCACUUCGUCGAUUGAAAGCACCGUAAUUUUUUCUGGGAAGGAAGGGCUGGCCUACCACGUCCCGCGUUCAGGAGCGUGUUCUGCGGGAAACGUCACUGAUGUCGUUUUCGACAAGCAGAUGAUUAUACUUCCUCGAUUCAUGGAAAACCUUUCACCCAAAACAUUUUUUGUGGGGAACAGUUCUGCGACCGUUGCCUACAAGAAAAUCGCUGUCAAAGGUGGAAUUCCAUGCCACGUCUGGGAUGUCGUCCGUUUUGACUGGCCUUCGAACGGUUCGAAGACGAUGUGGGAGUGGUGCUUCGUAGACAAGUCUUACUUUUCACCAUCUUCUGAAGGUACUUCGUCCCAUAUUGUAAGCUUGGAUGUACACGUUUUGGAGCUGCCACCGGCGCCAUUCUAUGGCUUAACGUUAGGAGAAACGCUCUCAUUCCAAUUCUUCGACAUCAAUAAGGAAGCUUCUGAGCUGGUCGAACUUCAUGGGUUUGACAUUUCGCCCUGUUACCAAGAGAGCUCGUCUGUGAGAAAGUUGGUUCUUACGUUAGAAGAGAAGGAUGGUUCCAGAGCAGUGUACAAGAAACCAUCUUUCAUCUUUGCGACACAGAAAGCUGUCACAUACGUUGCGAAACUACCUGUCCUUCAUGUCAAAGUUGCCAAGAACGAUCAGCGAAAUUUCGUUGACCACGAAAGGGUCUUGACGUUUACUCUCUUGGGAAGUACAAAUGGGAGCCAAAGCAUUGAACUGGACUCGGCGAUUGGACUUCUACGGCGGGCCGUCUACAGGAAGUCAUUGAAGGUGUUUCACGAAAAGGAAUUCUACAUGGUGGAGCGAUUGUCUUUAUUAUGAAGCAGAACAAAUCCUUCCGAACGAAGUUUCAAGAAUACUUACGAAUUAAAAUUCUCAGAAACAUUACCGACUUUUGAAAAUAA